UCACACGACGUGUACCAGUCAGUCUCAUUUCAGUCUCUAGGAAAAAGACCAUGUGAAAUAUCAUAACGUUUCUGAUGCUGUCGUUUUGUGGGAACAUUUUUGUUCCUUUUACGCGUUCGUUUAUCAGGAAACAAAUCAAAUUCUCCCGUGGACGAUUGUUCUCUUCAUUUAGAAAUAGAAAACGAUUUUAUGAAAAAGUCGAUGUUGCUCAAACAAAAAAUGGUUAUCAAAUCAUGCUUGAUGAUAAAACUGUAAAAACACCAUAUGGAAAGUACUUAUGUGUGCCUUAUGAAUCAUUAGCAGCGGCUUUGUCCGUAGAAUGGGAUGCUCAGGAAGACGUCAUCAAGCCUGAGUUCAUGCAUUUGACCGCUCUUACUAACACAGUUAUUGACGACCCACUUGGUAAAACUCCAGAAGCCAGAAUAGAAGAUGUUUUGGAGUACUUGAUGACUGACACAGUUUGUUUUCUAUCUGAAGAACCAGAAGACUUACUUGCAUUGCAAAGUAAAGAAUGGGGACCAUUGUGGGAAUGGUUUAAUGACAGAUUUGCUGUUUCGCUCGUACCUACAAACUCCUUGCUGGUGGAAAUAUCUCCUGAGAUAAGAACUACCUUGCAGGAUUAUGUAUCAUCAUUUAACAAAUGGUCUUUAACUGGAUUUGAGUAUGCUGUUGAAUCUGCGAAAUCAGUUGUAAUUGCAUGUGCACUAGCAGAAAAAGAAAUAACUGUUGAAAAAGCAUCAUCACUAUCAAGAUUGGAAGUUGAAUUUCAAAUAAAACAAUGGGGCAAUGUUGAAUGGGCACAUGAAGUUGACCUGAUGGACUUAAGAAGUCGUUUAGCAGCAGCAACACUUUUUUUCCAUCUCACAAAUGGCAGUACAUUGGAUGGUUAUGGAGAAUGACUAAAUGGAUAAGGUUUUUAUGUCAUUGUCUGUCUGUAACAUUGUUUAACUUGAGAUUGUAUGGUGUAUAUUAUUUUGUAGACUAUGAUAUAGUUGUUGCUAUGUAACAUGUUUAUAAAACUUAUUAAAACUAUGUACAAUAA